AUGGAGGGGCCUGUCCGGCGCCAACUUCACAGCUGUGAUCCAUGCCGCAAAGGCAAAAGGCGCUGUAAUGCACCGAAAACCAGGAAGGAAACUGACUUCGUUGCGUGCUACAACUGCAAGAGAUGGAAAAAGGAGUGUACGUUCAAUUGGCUCUCUUCGAAGGAAGAGAGACAGACGAAACCCAAGGCUUACGCUUCAGAAACCCCGACAAGCAACCAUCUCUCAUCUACUGCAAGCUCAUAUGGCGUUAUUCUGGAUGAACUGCCUCGCCCAUCUUCGGACUGGUAUUCCGUUCCUUCCAACCACGUGAACAUACCUGCUUCGACAAAUCCUGCGAAUUUCACUUACGAGUUCUCUUCACACUCACAAGGAGCAUCCUUUGACAGGUCAGAAGAAAUAGGGUUGAGUGCGGAUCAAUCGGGAAUUUCUGCUCGGGGCAGAGAUAUUCUAUCCGACUGGCAGAUUGGCACUACAACCGACCAAUCCGAAGAUGCUUUCAGGGAACUUGAAUGCCUUUUCAGCUCUUCUGAGAAUUUCUUCGAUACCAGUGAGCAGCCUCAAGGAGAUAACCAUAUUGAUCUUAAAUCUUCCUCAACGCCUCGCCUUAAUACCCGAGCAAUUCCAUCAAGUUUCUGUUUUGCUUCUGAGAAUGCAGCAAGUCGAUACGCUUAUUCCACCAUGAGACGUAACUUGAUCCGCAUAUACCAUGACAGCAUGGAAAACGCAUUGUCGUGUUGGCUGACUGAGCACAACUGUCCUUACAGCGACUUUUUCAGCAGCGUCCUGCCAGAUGACGAGACAGAAGAGUGGGGUCCUAACUGGUCCAACAGAAUGUGUAUCCGGGUUUGUCGGCUGGAUCGUGCCUCGUCCUCAAUACGUGGCAGGGCCUUGAGUGUGGAAGAAAAUAAAACCGCCGACCGAGUACUUCAUCUAGCCAUCAUGGCGUUCGCCUCGCAAUGGACUCAAAACGCCCAGAAGGGUACAGGUUUAUCCGUUCCAACGACAAUCUCCCGUGAUGAGAGGGCAAUCCGAGAGUACGUCUGGAAUGAAGCUCGCCACGGCUUGGAGCACUCGGCCAGUAUCCCUUCUUUCCGGAUUAUCUUUGCAAACAUUAUCUUCUCUCUCACCCAAAGCCCCCUGGACAUUAGGCAAGAUAAAGGGCUAGACCAACUUUUGGAAAAUGACUGUGCUCCAACAUUUAUGGAGACCGCUAACCGCCAAUUAUUCACUUUUCGCUGUAAAUUUGUUAGAUUGGCACGGGAAGCCCAUCCAAAGGUGAAUAAGUCUCAAGCGACAUCAAUCGGAUCCACAUUUAUCGAUGAAUCGGAAAGGCUAAAGCGUCUACAAGUCGAUCCGAUUCUCAACAGCUACGAGAAUCGCAGUACGCUAUGUCUUUUAUUCUGGCUGGGCGUCAUGUUUGACACGUUGAGUGCAGCCAUGUAUCAGCGGCCAGUGGUGGUAUCAGAUGAGGAUAGUCAAAUUGCAUCGGCAUCGCCGGCAAUGCUUGAUUCUGAACAGCUUAGCUUGACAAGGAUUCCGCAAAGCGAUAUCCACAAGAAGCAACAGGACGUGUGGGGAGAAUUUUUCCUUUAUCCCGGCAAACUCAGCGGCGCUCAGCCAAGAUGGCCAUGCUCCUACAAAGAGGCUGCAGCCGUGCUUUCCGAGGCAACCCCCGUGAAAGUCUUACUCUACCGUCGCGUUACUCAGCUGCAAACCCUCAUAUAUAGAGGGGCCAGUUCUGAUGUCAUUGAAGAGGUCAUCAAGAAGACCCUCCUGGUAUAUCAACAUUGGAACCGUACCUAUCUAAGAUUUAUGCUCGACUGCAGUGAAAACCACGAUUUUCUACCUUCUCGCAUUCAGUCAUGGUAUGUUAUUCUCGACGGCCAUUGGCAUCUAGCUGCCAUGCUUCUGGCAGACACGAUAGAGAGCAUUGACAACGGAGGACUUGGCUCCGAAAGUGAGGGCAAGGCUCGAAUGGCUGUUGGAUUCGUCUCGAAGCUAAGGACAGAGCAUGCGCUUAUGGUUAGCAAACUUGUUCACGCGUCACUCUAUAGGCAGAACCCAUCCAUGCAUCUCCAAUUCCACGAUUCGCUCAAUGAAGUCGCAUUCCUGGUGGAGCCCUGGACUAUUGUUUUGAUUCAUUCAUUUGCAAAAGCGGCAUAUAUCCUUCUAGAAAGCUUGGAUAUUGCUGACAAAAACAGUGUGCAAGCCGAUCCCUUCCUGAGAGGAUGUGAAGAUUGUAUCCGCGCGCUUGAAUAUCUUGGGAGAAAGUCAGACAUGGCGUUCAUGGUGGCUCGAAAUAUAUCGAUAUCACUAGACUUGAAGCUUGCUCAGAUGUCAUGA